CCAAACCAAACCUUAAUAUUUCCAAACCAAACACACCCUUGACCCUUCUCUUCUCUUCUUCGUUCAUGUCUUUUCAGUUAAAACCCUUUUUUUCCGCACCCGCGUUUUCCCUUCUUCUUCUUCUUCUUCUUCUUCCCAUCACAAUCAUCGUCACCUGAUUCAACGCAUUAGCGAAUUCCCCAACCCAAACCAUUCCCAAUUCGGAGAUUCAUCAAUGGAUCAAAAAGAGGAAGAGCCGAUCAUUGCCAAAACGACGCCGUUGAAGACUUUCCCUUCUCUCACCCAUUCUUCCUGCCUCGAAAUUCGGCUCUUCUAUGUCAGAAUCUCCCCCUGCCUCGUCGACUCGCUCCCCGACCACCUUGCGCUCUGCCACGCGCGGCGCCACGCAGGUGUCUCUCUCGUCGUCAACGCCGCCCCCGUCCCCGCCUCCUCCCCCGCCACGAUCCACCUCCACCGCGGCCGCGUCGACCGCCAUGCGGCCGAGGUCACCUACGUCGCCACCGACACCGUCAGCCUCAGCGGCAGCGCUGACUUCGAGGUCUACGAGAACGACGCGCUCUUCCUCUGCGGCUCCCUCGAGCGCCUCGACUCCGAAUGGAGAAACGGGUCCGGGUCGGGAUGGGGCAUGGACUGCCAUGUGGCGGCCGGGUCCGUCGGGUCGGGUUGCUCAGCGUUCUUCAGACCGCGCCUCGGGGUUUCCGCGCCGUCGAUCGAGGUCUACGUUGCCGGGUGCUGCUCCGGCGUGCCUGUGAUUCUGAACAAGACGAUUCAGAUGAGUCCGCGGAGGAGGGUGCCCAGACAUGCCACGCUGGACGCGAUUCCCGAGGAUGAAGAGAUGAUGAUGAUGAUGAUGGAGAAGAACCGUGUCAAUGGUUUUGCUCCCAACCGGAAGUUGCAGAUACCAGAGUCAGAGGUUGAUGACUACGAUUGUGAUGAGAAGAUGGGGAAUGGUUUCUACUCUCAAGAAAUGUAUCCCGGUGAGGAUGGACAACUGUCAUGGUUCAAUGCUGGGGUCAGAGUUGGUGUUGGAAUUGGCCUUGGGAUGUGCGUGGGGAUAGGGAUUGGUGUUGGACUUCUCAUGCGUUCAUACCAAACAACAACCAGGAACUUCAGGAGGAGAUUUUUCUAAACUGUAAUAAGGAAAUUGCUACCAUAGUUUAAUGACAAGAUGAAGAAAAUAUAUUGGAGCUCAAUCAAGGGUGCGUGGGACAUUAGGAUCCAGAAUUUGAAGAAGCAAAAUGGAUGAAGUGUAAGUUUUGUAGAAGAGUGGAGAUAGAUUCUGCUUCCUCUUUGUUUUGUAGCUUACUCUCAGAUACGUCCACGUAGCUUUGCAGAUUUGCAUUUCGUGUGAAUUUUGUCUGGUCUUCCGACAACAAUAGCUAUCAAUAAAAGCGCAAUGCAAUACAACUGCUUUGAGGAUGUGAUGUACCAGGGGGAUCUGGUGUUCAGGGACCAUCAUUCUAAGGUUGCCAGAGGUUUUGACUUCGACCAUGUACCCAGAUUUUACUGUUUCUUUAUUGCCUUGUAGAUAUAUUAUUUCAUUUCAUACAAAUUUUGACAAGUAUAUAUAUAUAAAGUUAUAUAUAAACACGUAUGUGUUUCUGUUCCCACGGUAAA